UAAGUCAGAAAAUUUGGUUUUUAAAACUUGUCUGUUUAAAAUUAAAUAAUACACUGUUUUAUAUUUGUACCUGUUUUUCAAAAAGUUCGUUCAUUCAACACAUUUAAGAUGGAUCCUAUAAUCGAUGCUAAAAGGGACCCUACAAUUACCCUCUUACAGCCACGUGCUAUAUUUGGGCUUAACGGAAGUGUUGUAGGUGGUGUGCAAAUUCACAAGGAUAAUAAUCACUUGCUUUACCCAAUAGGCUCAAAAAUUGCUAUAGCCGAUUUAAAGACUAAUGCUCAAACCUUUUUAUCUGGGCAUAAUAAAGCUGUUUCUUGUCUAGACAUUAGUCCAAGUGGCCGCUUUAUAGCUUCUGGUCAAGUGAACCACAUGGGUUUUCGUGCGCAUGUAAUUCUAUGGGAUUGGGAGAAAAAAGAAGAGCUUACUAGACACGAUUUACACAAAGUAUGCGUGCAGUCUCUUUCAUUUAGUGCAGAGGACAAAUACUUAAUAUCGUUGGGUGGAGAGGAUGACCGUACUGUCAUUGUAUUUGAUGUGGCUACAUAUACUCCUUUCUGUCGCUCUAAUUCAUCUAGGGGAAUUUCUGGAAAUCCAUUACAUGUACGUUCACUACAUCACGACUCUUCUUUCUUUGUAACCGCUGGAGAUCGACAUUUACGUUUGUGGUCUAUAUUGCAAGACCAGAAGAAACUUCAUGUUCAUGAUAUACAUGUUGGCAAACACCAAAGAACAUACACUGACAUUGAAAUAGAUGAAUGUGACGAAAUACUUUUUCUUGGAACUUUGACUGGAGAUUUAGUUAAAGUUAAACUUAAUUGUUGUGAUAAGGUAAAUGUAACAAAACCCGGUCAUAUUGCUGCCAUGAUUGGUUCAUUUGGCACACAUUAUCCGCGUAAGCCAUAUGGAAGAGAUUGCUUAAGAUAUGGUUGCGGUAUUCGACGACUUGUUAUUGUAGAUAAAGGUUUGAUAUUGAUUGGGGCAGGAGAUGGUACAGUAGAGCUGGUUGAUGAACGUCCAGAAGUAACUAUGGAAUAUUUUAAAAGUUAUCCAAGUCCAACUUGGCCAGUUCUAAGAACACUUAAAACUAUUAAAGUAAAUGGACCCAUUUCGUCAUUGGUAAAGGCUAAACCAUACCAAUAUUUUAUUAGUACAGAGAAGAAUGAAAUAUAUUAUUUGCUAGUUAAAGAUUUUUCUUUAAAAUUAUUAAAAACAUGCCACAAUCAACCAGUUUACUCUAUUGUGUUUCCACGAAAUCUCUCAUCUGUUUUCGCUACGGGUGGCCAUGAAAACAUACGUAUAUGGUCUGCUACACUCUUGCAGGAGCUUUUACGUAUUAUGGUUUAUAAUUUUCAAUGUUCUGCAUUAGCAUUUGCUUUUGAUGGAAGCAGUAUUGUAUCGGUUUGGAAUGAUGGGGUUAUUCGCGCUUUUACACCUUUAACUGGACGUCUUAUAUAUGCAAUUCCAAAUGCACAUAAUAAAGGUUGUAGUGCUUUAGCCGUCUCUAAAACUGGUCGCAUUAUUGUUACUGGAGGUAUUGAAGGACAGGUUCGCGUAUGGAAAAUUGAACCAUUUCGACAGAGCUUAGUUGCUGUGCUUAAAGAUCAUUCAGGUUCAGUAACUUGCUUGGAUUUCAAUCAUUUAGAUACUGAAGUCAUUUCGUCUAGUAGUGAUGGUUCUUGUGUCAUUUGGGACAUUAAUCGAAUGACACGUAAAAAAGUAUUUACUGCAAAUACACAAUUUAUGACUGCUCGUUACUAUCCAACAGGUGUUCAGGUAUUAACAUGUGGUUCCGAUGGUUGUAUUAAUUAUUGGAUGGUUUACAACGGUAGUUUGCUGCGUGAAAUAGAAGGAUCUAGAAAGUAUUCCAUGAAUUGUGUUUCCAUUAGUAGUAAUGGCGGUUACUUUUGCUCGGCUGGGAGUGAUCAAACAGUAAAAUUCUGGGAUUAUAAUCGUGGUAUCGUACUAUGUACUGGAGUUGAUCACGCGUCUGCUGUUAUAAGUUGUACGAUGAGUCCAUGUGGAAAAUUCUGUGUUAGUGGCUGCUUGGAUGGAACAGUAAUAGUCUGGAAUAUACCAGAGGAAUACUGGUACAAUAAUGACGAAGAUACUGAGAAAGCAGAAACCACCUCCCUACCAAAAACAGAUUCGAAAUCUAAAUUUGCUAAUGUUGAAUCAAAAGUGAUUACAUCUUCUUUGCCUAAAAUACCUUCUAAGGAAAAUGUGGAUGAUUUACAAACCAAAAAGCAUAAUGGAGUUAUAUGUGUAGAUUGCCCUGCGGUAGAUAAAACUAAAAUGCCCGAUUUAAAUGAACAAUGCAAUUACGUGCCGGAUGUUAAAUGUUAAUUUUAUUUUUGUAUUCUAAAUAUUUUUCAAAUAAAAAAUCUAUCCUUAUAAAAUAAA